UCUGUUGUUGUCGUCGCCGUUCCAGCGGCUCGAGCCCCUCCGCGGCGCUCUUUCGGGUCCGCAGCGGCCUUCUCCCUCCGCGCGCGCCUCUCCCUCCGCCCGCCGCCCUUUCCCCCCUCCCCUCCCCGCCACGCUCCUCCUCUCCCCCGGCCUCGCCGCUCACGCGAGCCCCCGGCUUCACCCGAGGCCUACCCGCCCCUCCGACCAUGGCGCGGCCGUCCGUGCCCAGCUCGCAGAAGGCGCUGCUGCUGGAGCUGAAGGGGCUCCAGGAGGAGCCCGUGGAGGGUUUCCGCGUCAGCCUGGUGGACGAGGGGGACCUCUACAACUGGGAGGUGGCCAUCUUCGGGCCCCCCAACACCCACUACGAGGGGGGCUACUUCAAGGCUCGUCUCCGAUUCCCUAUCGACUACCCUUAUUCACCACACUUCCGUUUCCUGACCAAAAUGUAUCCAAACAUAUACGAGACCGGGGACGUUUGCAUUUCCAUCCUACACCCUCCGGUGGAUGACCCACAGAGUGGAGAGCUGCCUUCGGAAAGAUGGAAUCCCACGCAGAACGUGAGGACAAUACUUCUCAGCGUGAUCUCGCUGCUCAACGAACCCAACACAUUCUCUCCGGCCAACGUCGACGCUUCCGUGAUGUACAGGAAGUGGAAGGAGAGCAAAGGCAAGGAUCAGGAGUACACGGACAUCAUCAGGAAGCAGGUCCUCGGAACCAAGGUGGAUGCGGAGCGCGACCAAGUCAAGGUCCCGACGACGCUGGCGGAGUAUUGCGUCAAGACCAAGACACCCGCGCCGGACGAGGGCUCAGACCUCUUCUAUGACGACUACUAUGAGGACGACGAGAUGGACGACGAGGUCAACAGCUGCUACGGCGACGAAGACGAUUCCGGCAACGAGGAGUCUUGACGAGGGACACCUCCCCACCCCGCCACUCUCGUCAGCCCCCUCUUUUUCUCCGCGCCCCCUCUCUGCCCCCCUUCCCUCCACCGCUGCCUCCUGCUGCUGCUGCUCCCGUUAGUAGCAAUAAACUAUCUGACUCUUUUACUUGAACCCAGGACGCCACCCGGCUGAGACUCAGAAACAAAGCAAAAAACCCUCUCUGGCCCUGAGAUGCGAAACGGAAAAAAAACUCUACCUCAAAAGGGAGACACUGCUUCUGCUGGAACUGGGGGUGGGGUGGGGGGGUUGCCUGUGUGCAGGGAGGGUUGGCAAAUCUACAAUUUGGCUUAAAAUGCUGUGCGUGGUUUUUUUGUGUGUGUGUGUCGUCGGUUUGUUUGUUUUUUAAGAAAAGGAGAAGCUGGGAGGGACAGGAGAGGUGGGGCUCGUUCCCCACCGAGCCGUGGCCUAAUCCAGCGGCGUCUUCUGCUCCCGGUUAAGAAAGACUGCAAAAAAAAAAGAGGGGGAGAGGACCUUGUGACAAGUCCUUUGCGGAGAAUUGAGGGUGGGUGGGGGUUUGGAGGAAGGGCCUGUUUAUUUUAUUUUAUUAGGCCAUGUUAAUUUGUGGGGAGGGGAUUCUUAGUAAGGGCUCUCUAGUUGCAUGGGUUGGGGGGGGAUAAUAUUUUUGCAAUCUCAUCGGCCACGUUAAGUCCGGAUCGAAAAGUCUCCUCUCUUAGAUUGGCCCUGCAGUGUCACCUGGCGCCACUGGGUGGCGCUUGUACACCGUCUGCUUCCUGUACACCGUCUGCACCCCCCCCCACUAGGUGAUGUUUUCCCAUCCACCUGCGUGCUCACCCCCCCCCCAACCCGGCCUCUCUAUGAGUUUGCUUGUUGGCUGUGCA